GAUAAGAGUGUAAUUAUAUAAUAGAAUUGAUAGCUUGAUUACUAUCAUAAUGAAAGGACUGGACUUCUCUAUGAUUUUAUGCCUCUAGGAACUUGUCGUUGGGGGGAAUAUGGUGAGGGAGGUCUAUUAUGGGGGGAAUGCACUGCCAGACAUUUUGAAUGGUUUGAGGGCAAUCCAAUCACUGAGAUUUUGUAUAAGGUGAAGGAGCUUUAUGGUCUUGAUGAAGAAGUUACCUUCAGAAAUGUUACUGUCACUUCAGAAAAUAGACCCCGUCCUUUGCAUCUAGGAACUGCAACACAAAUUGGUGCCAUCCCAACAGAGGGAAUACCUUGUUUAUUGAAGGUGCUGCUACCCUCAAGUUGCACUGGGCUACCUGUACUGUAUAUUAGAGAUCUUCUUCUCAAUCCUCCUGCUUAUGAGAUUGCAGCCAGAAUUCAAGAAACUUGCAAACUUAUGAGCAAUGUCACGUGUUCAAUUCCUGAGUUUACUUGUGACUCACCUGCUAAGCUUGUGAAGCUGCUUGAACAAAGGGAGGCUAAUCAUAUUCAGUUCCGUAGAAUAAAAAAUGUUGUUGACGAAAUACUGCACAUGUAUAGAAGCACUGAGCUCAAUGAAAUUCUUGAAUUAUUAAUGGAUCCUACAUGGGCAGCAACUGGGUUGAAAAUUGAAUCUCAAACAUUGGUUAAUGAAUGUGAAUGGGUUUCUGAGAGAAUUGCUGAAAUGAUUUCUCUAGAUGGUGAAAUUGAUCAGAAGAUAAGUUCCAAAGCCAAUAUUCCUAGUGAAUUUUUUGAGGACAUGGAGUUUUCCUGGAAAGGUCGGGUGAAGAAGAUCCAUUUAGAGGAAGAAUUUGCAGAAGUGGAAGGGGCAGCUGAGGCCUUAUCUUCUGCAGUGGCUGAAGAUUUUGUCCCUAUUAUUUCAAGAGUAAAAGCUACCACAGCUCCCCUUGGGGGCCCCAAGGGUGAAAUAUUAUAUGCUCGAGAGCAUGAAGCUGUUUGGUUUAAGGGUAAAAAGUUUGCACCAGCAGUAUGGGCUGGCACACCUGGGGAAGAGCAAAUUAAACAGCUUAAGCCUGCUCUAGACUCAAAAGGUAAAAAGGUUGGAGAGGAAUGGUUUACCACAAUGAAAGUGGAGGAUGCCUUAUUAAGGUAUCAUGAGGCAAAUGACAAGGCAAAAGCAAGGGUUUUGGAAUUGCUGAGAGGACUUUCUACUGUGUUACAAAUGAAAAUAAAUAUCCUUAUCUUUGGUUCCAUGCUGCUUGUUAUUGGGAAGGCAUUAUUUGCUCAUGUGAGUGAGGGGAGAAGAAGGAAAUGGGUUUUCCCUACACUUGCUGGAUUCAAUGGGUCUAAGGGCAGAGAAUCAUUUGAUGGAACAAAAGUGAUGAAGAUAAUUGGUCUAAGACCAUACUGGUUUGAUGUGGCAGAAGGGAGUGCUGUGCAUAAUACAGUCGAUAUGAGAUCACUAUUUCUUUUGACAGGACCAAAUGGUGGAGGAAAAUCAAGUUUACUACGAUCAAUAUGUGCUGCUGCAUUACUAGGAAUAUGUGGAUUUAUGGUGCCUACUGAGUCAGCAUUAAUCCCUCAAUUUGAUUCUAUCAUGCUUCACAUGAAAUCUUACGAUAGUCCAGCUGAUGGAAAAAGUUCAUUUCAGGUCGAAAUGUCAGAGAUCCGAUCUAUCAUAAAUGGAGCCACUUCUAGAAGCCUUGUGCUUGUAGAUGAAAUUUGCCGGGGAACAGAAACAGCAAAAGGAACUUGUAUUGCUGGUAGCUUUGUUGAGACUCUUGAUAACAUUGGUUGUCUGGGUAUUGUAUCCACUCACUUGCAUGGUGUUUUUACCUUGCCACUUAACACCAAAAAUGUUGUGUAUAAAGCAAUGGGCACAAAAUAUGUUGAUGGGCAAACAAAACCAACUUGGAAGUUAAUAGAUGGGAUUUGUAGAGAAAGCCUUGCAUUUGAAACAGCUAAGAAGGAAGGAAUUCCUGAAACAUUAAUCCAAAGAGCUGAAGACCUUUAUUCAUCAGUUUAUAAGAAAGAAGUAUUAUCAGGAUCAUUUGACAAACAAUUAGGACAACAUGACUUGGAUCUGAGGGCUGAUUGUUCGGUCUCAGUUCAAUCAAAGAGUCAAGCAAGGUCUCUUGAUCUGAUGAAGGAGCCCACAAACACCAUGGCAGUCUUACAGAAGGAAGUUGAGAGUGCUAUUACCUUCAUAUGUCAGAAGAAACUAAUGGAGCUCUAUGAACAGAAAAAUAUAUCAGAUCUUCCAUUGUUAAAGUGUGUUGCUAUUGCUGCAAGGGAACAACCACCUCCGUCAACCAUAGGCGCUUCUUGUGUUUAUGUAAUGUUCCGACCUGAUAAGAAACUCUAUGUUGGACAGACGGAUGAUCUUGAUGGCCGAAUCCGUUCACACCGUUCAAAGGAAGGGAUGCAGACGGCUUCAUUCCUCUAUUUCAUGGUUCCUGGGAAAAGCAUAGCGUGCCAAGUAGAAACUCUUCUCAUCAACCAGUUCAGUAGUCAAGGCUUUCCUCUCACCAACUUGGCUGAUGGUAAGCACCGCAAUUUCGGCACAUCCAUUCUCUCAUCUGGUAGUGUCACUGUCCUACAAUGAAACUGCAACUGUCGUCCCUUCAUUCUAUACACUCAACCCGAAGUGAGAGGUAACGAUAAAGGGAUUGGUGCCGGUGAGUAAUCCUAUUGAGUGUAUAUGCAUGAAAUUCGGUGACAAAACCAAAUACGACUUUAGAUCAAAGAUGCAGAGGCUGCAGCAAUUUUGUUUUUGAUAUCAGCUGCCCCACUUGCUGUGUAUUUGCAUCAUCUCAGUAGGCUAAGCGGAGAUAUUUUGUUAAUAUUCAUGUAGAAAAGGCCACAUUGUUAGAUGUACCUAUUUUCAUCCAUUUACCGCUUCUGUAGGAGUAAGGGGCUAUUGAACGGUUGAACCGAGUUCCUUUGCUGAAAUUAAGCUCCUUGGCGGGAAUGGGUUCGUGAAAAAAUAUUUUAUGUUUUU